AUGGAUUCGAUGCCAAAAUUCAUUAAUUCUAAUUAUAACUUACAAUUGUUGAACAAUUGUAGGAGUAUGGAGCAGUGCGAUUCUUAUCAUGGAAGUACUGGUACACCUUUAUCACAGUGGUACAUAAGUGAUGUUGGUUACGGGAAUUCAAAUGACGACAGUAAAACUAUUUCAUUGGAAAGGAUUUACUUAAUUACUCAGCAAAAUCAAGAAAAAUCUGUGCUACCAAUCUCCUUGCUGCCGGUUACCGAGGGGAUGUCCUCAUCCCCUAAGCAUAGGAUUCGGCAGUCCUCAACGGGACUGGAUGAUGCUGGGAUGGACCUACAAGCAAGUCAGCUCGGUACCCGUGCUGGUCAGGAGAUUAGCUCGACGGCUGCUGUAUCAUGGACAAACUGGAAAUUGCCAUUUCCUGUGAUAGUCUGUGCAAUUGCUGGCGCUAUUCUCUUAACUUUCCUGAUCCUCUUAUGGCUCCGCAAGCAAAUGUCGAGUGAAAAGAAGUCUAGUGAUGGAGAUAGACGUGAGUUGGUGGAAAAAGGCGCUGUUGAUGGGUCCUCGUCCUCGUCGUCACUGGAUAAGCCGGGUAAGAGUACCCAAGAAUGGUCAAUGGAAGCUAAAUGGGUUCAUCAGCCAGCUGCUAAGCCAUCGUCAGUUUCCGUGCAAACAGUUCCUGUUACUAGAGCUGUCAGCUUGUCUACUGGCGGCUUAGUUUGCAAUUUACCUCAAGUACUGACUGUCGCAACUCCUGAGAGACGUCCUGAACCCAUUCGCAUAAAGGCCAAAGGGUCUCUUCUUGAACGACGAGGCUCCAGUGCUAGUUUGACGAUCGAGCUGGCCCCUGCGCCCGGCAGUCCACCCCACGUCGUCACUCCAACACGCGAAUGCACCUCUGAGGAAUUUCUUCUCAGCGCUGGAAACGUUCUAUCCCGCAUGCAGUUGAAAAAAGUCAUACAAGAUCCAUCUGCGCUACAUAAAGAAUUUUGGGAGGUCCCGUUAAAUUUACCAGAGAAAGUUGAUAUUUUUGGAGCUGGCGUAAAGAAUAGAUAUUCUGGAGUUCUGCCAAACCCUCAAUCUAGGGUUGUCUUGAGGGGAUCUGAUGAUCCAGUCGCUAGUUACAUCAAUGCUAAUUACAUUCGGGGAUACGAUGGUGAAAGUAAUCGUUACAUAGCAACCCAAGGACCACUUGCCAGCACAGUGGCAGAUUUUUGGCGAAUGGUAUGGAUGGACAAAGUAUCGGGAGUUGUAAUGAUGACGCGGUUGUUUGAAGCAGCUAAGGCCAAGUGUGACGUUUAUUUCCCACUGGAGAACAACAGCCGAAUUCAGGCUGGCCCAUUUACAAUUACCGUCACGUCUAUUACGAACAGAGACGGGUACAUGAUACGUGAUAUCGAGCUAAGACACGAGAAUGAAAGAAGGAAUGUUACGCACUAUUGGUAUGACUCAUGGCCUGAUCAUGCAGUACCUCAAGCCGCGGAUUCACUAGUCAGUUUGGCGGCCGAAAUAAAUACCUUGCCCGGGCCUGUGGUGGUGCACUGUAGUGCAGGGAUAGGCAGAACUGGGUGUUUCAUUGCUCUUGCCACUGGGAUGAUUCAACUCGCCCGAGAUGGCAAUGUUGAUGUUCUAGGAAUUCUCUGUCAAAUGAGGUACGACAGAGGAGGAAUGAUUCAGACAGCUGAGCAAUACGAGUUUGUACACAAAGCUCUCUGUCUGUUUGAGCAGACGCUGGAUGGCAAAGUGCCAACAACCGGCGACUGA